UCAAGAUCUCACAGAAACGAGGAAAAAAACGAGAUUGAAAAAAAAAAAGCUUAGAAACGAUGCCGUACUACACUAGGGACGAGGACGAAGUCGAUGACUUCGACGAGUACGAUCCGACGCCGUACGAUGGAGGCUACAAGCAGCACGAGAUCUACGGCCGUCCGAUCCCACCUUCCGACGAGACAUGUUACGCGCUCUCGUCGCCUUUGGAUGACUCCUUCGAGUACGAGCGACCGGAGUUCACGUCGUACCAUGAGCCCUCUGCUUAUGCAGACGAUGCUCUCCAGACCGAGUACAGCAGCUACUCGCGACCCAAACCCCGACCUGGGUUCCAACCAGGAGGCGGUUUAGUUGAAGGUGAGUAUGGUGGAAGGCCCCAACCGGCUUAUGAGUCGGAGUACGGAUCCGGUGGGUAUGGUGGGGAAACGGAGACAGAGUACGGUCGGCGACCUGAAUCGGAGUACGGAUCCGGUGGGUAUGGUGGAAGAACUGAGAUCGAGUAUGGCCGACGACCUGAGUCGGAGUACGGGUCCGGUGAGUAUGGUGGAAGAACUGAGACCGAGUAUGGCCGACGACCUGAGUCGGAGUACGGAUCUGAAGGGUAUGGUGGGAGAACUGAUACCGAGUAUGGUCGGCGACCUGAGUCGGAGUACGGAUCCGAAGGGUAUGGUGGGAGAACUGAUACCGAGUAUGGUCGGCGACCUGAGUCGGAGUACGGAUCCGGUGGGUAUGGUGGGAGAACUGAGACCGAGUACGGUCGGCGACCUGAGUCGGAGUACGGAUCUGGGUAUGGCGGGGGAACUGAGAUCGAGUACGGCCGACGGCCUGACUCGGAGUACGGAUCCGGUGGGUAUGGUGGGAGAACUGAGACCGAGUACGGUCGGCGACCUGACUCCGAGUACGGAUCUGGGCAUGGCGGGAGAACUGAGAUCGAGUACGGCCGACGACCUGAGUCGGAGUACGGAUCUGGGUAUGGUGGAAGAACCGAGACCGAGUAUGGAUCCGGGUAUGGCAGGAAUCAGAGCUACGGAGAGGGUGAGGGAGAGGGAGGGGGAGAGAGGACGGAGUACGGAGGUAGGCUGAGAUAUGGAAGGUCUGAGGAACAAGAGGAAGGUUACAGGAAGCCCAGCUAUGGUCGUCGCAAUGACGACGAAGAAGAUGAUGAUGGCGGUGAGCAACGCAGGCACCGUUACGGUGAUGAUGAGGAAGGGAGCUAUGGCCGCAAGAAAUAUGGCGACAAUGACUCUGACGAUGACGAGGACGAGGAGAAGAAGAAGAAGCAUCGUUACCGCAGGAACUAUGAUGACGACCAGUAAAAGUGAAAACCUCUCCUUCCCUUUUGGGAGUGCCUUGCUGUUACUUCUUCUGCUACAUCAAGAGGCACAUAUAUAUACAUACAUAUAUAUA